AUGUUUUUGUUCCUUCUUUCCCUUGUCUCCUGCAACGGACCGGCUCUCGAUACACGUGUCGUUGCAGCAGCAAACUUCGAUACAGAAUCCAUUUAUCCAAAGGUCGUUGAUGUCUGGUUUAUGACAAUCUUAAUUGCAUUUUUAAUGAUGUUCAUCAAGAAGUUCGAGUGGGGUGUCAUGCUCGCUACACUUCUUUCCUCUGCUACUGUUUUCAUAUUCUAUGCUUUCUUAAAGGCUGUUGCAGUUGGACAUGAUGGCCAUCGUGAAUUCACAGAAAGAAUUGCAGCUGAAGCUGUUCUUGCAGCUAUUGCUUAUGCAAUUUCCAUUGGUGUUUUCGUUGGUACAAUCAAGUACUGGCAGUAUAUCAUGGUUGGCAUAGUUUUCUCUUGCGGCUUCUAUCUUGUUGACUGGCUUAUCAUUUCCGAGAAGGUUAUUAAGGGCUGCGUCGACCCAGGAGGUGCUAUUGCCGUCCACAUGUUCGCUUGCUACUUCGGAAUUGGUGUUGCUCUUGCAGUCCAAGAGAAGCGCGUUGUUGGUGUUGAAUACCGCUUCACAACACACAGUAUCAACUGGCUUUGGCUCGCUGUUACACUUCUUUUCGUUCUUUGGCCAUCAUUCACUUCCAUCUUCUGGAAGGGCAAAGAAGCUUGGGAAGACGUAAUCACAACAUACAUGGCCGGCCUCGGUUCAAUCAUUUCUGCCUACUUCGCUGAACUCGCUUGCAAGAAAGGUGGAAAAAUUGAUCCACUUAUCUACGCUGUCGCACUUCUUGGAGGUUGCGUCGGCAUUUCAACAUCUCUCUUCAUCGUUGGCCCAUGGGGUGGCCUCCUUGUCGGUGUCAUCUCUGGCAUUGUCUCAGUUUGCUCAUUCAACUACUUACAUCCAGUUCUCCAGAAGAAGCUCGGUAUCGGUGAUGUCAUGGGUGUCCACAACCUUCACGGCGUUUGCUCCUGGGUUGCUACAUUCGUUGGACUCAUCGGUGCUUACUGCAAGAAGUUCCCAGGCAUCUGGACAUUAGUUGGUGCUCUCAUCUCCUUCUCUGUCUCUCUUAUCUUUGGCCUUAUUGGUGGUGCCCUCUGCAGAUUACUCAAAUUCGGUGAAAUCCCGAACGAAAGAUUCAUGCUCGAUCGUGGCGAUUUCAUCUUCCCAGAAUCUGAAGGAAGUGAUAAUGAAGAGCCAAAGAAACGCGAAGAGCAGGUUAAUGAACUUUAA